AUGCUUCUCUUACAGAUACUCUGCGGCUUCGGCUUUCUCCUAGCACCCUUGACAGCGGCACAGAGUGUCGUAUACACCACAUCCACAACCACAAUCACAGAGUUAGUUGUCUGCACGACUACUCAAUACACCACAAAAUCUCUCGACUAUUGUCCCUGUACGGCUGUAUUCCCUUCCGUUUCUCGGUGCACUAACUGCCAGACUUGCUCAACUACUUUGGUAUCGCCAACUACAUCAUCGGGUCCUUAUCCGACCGGUGAUGAGUUUACUGUUGACCUCACUAUCGGCCUAGAUACUGGUUACGAGAGGGUUACGCUAUCCCGAGUUGGUAAUACGGUUGGAAUAGGAGGAACAGUAAUAACAUUCAAUCUUUCGGACUCGGGAUUGCUGCGAGACGUUCUCACGGGGGAUAUUGUCUACGUGAUAUUACCUACUGGCACCCUCCGUAAACGAUUCGAGGGGUCGGUCGACUUGCUUAUCGGCCCUACUCCACCUUCUACAGCUUCGAAGACGACCUGGUAUAGAACUAGGCAAGGCGAAUUGAAGUUCGAGAUCGGGAAAGGUACUUCGAGUUCUAUUACCCUUGCCUUCGGGGUCGCUCUUGACGAAAGUGACCAGAUUGAUACCACCGUUCCAAUUCAAAUGUACGACAUCUCGGAAGGCGUGCCGUCAGAUAUUGAAACAGGCAUUGCUGAGCAGAGCUCCGUUACUGGGAGUGUACCGAUAACCAGGUCAGGCGAGGAACCAUCUACAAUCUCAAUAACCUCGUCCUCAAGAACUUCACUAUCUACCUCAUCUACGGAGAGCUCGGAUAAGACUUCUUCGUCUACGAGCAGUACGAGAACAAUAUCCACACGGACAACUAUAGCCACACGGUACGGGCCGACAACCGGGAUUUCGACCACCACUCAGGGGAGCGGGGUUGUAAUCAUAAUCAUAACAUUGCUACAAGCCACACGGACUGCUACGCUAUAUGGAUCUACCGCUACGACUUCCACCGAACCGUUCGACCCACAUGCGCCGACUCUCACGGUAUACGCCGUAUCCAUACAGGCUAUUACUACCGUUACCUUCUAUGGCAGUGUUGGUUACACUUCUACUCCAACUAUCGGGAGCGUCUUCCCUACUCUCACUGCUAUCGCCGAAUUGCCUCAAGUUACGAUCACGAACACCACCUACGGGUCCCAGUUCUCGACCAUAAGCUUUCAAGAGAAUUCGUUGAUACCAACGAUCACUAUAUACCUGCAGUUCACACCGACUACAACCAUUACGACAACUUCAUAUGUGUGGAACCAAUUCCCGAUAGUGACGACGACUAUCUAUGGCACGGCGCCGACAGCGACUGAGUUGAUUAUCAGCAAUCAAUACAGAGAGUAUUUUACUACGACUGCGACUUUCGACUCAACGAUUACGAUUGGCCCAGAUAACCCGACUGCUACUAUAUCCUUUUUUGUCAAUCCGACGACCACAUUUACCGAGGGCCAAAUAAUUUUGCAUUGGAAUUUCACUUCAGGACAGACAUCAACCGAGACGCCCUCUCAGACGCCAGGGUAUACCCGUACUAUUAUCUUACAUAUGGCUUACCCAGCCGCUUCUUACAUACGCUUUCAACCCUCAGACGCAAACCCGGCCUCGCCUCAAUACUUUGCUGCCUCAACAACUUCGCUUACAGCGGCAGGAUACUCUGGUGUAACCGCCUGGUACUUGCUUACCAGGGCUGCUACAAAUUGCACAUUCAUAUAUCUCAACGAUGAACUAAUACUCGCCACCGAUCCAGAUUCUGGAACCCGUCUUCCGUUUCCAGGACGGUUGUGGUCGUUUUGGAAUCCCGUCGAGCCGACCGGUAAAUCCCUACUCAUGUUUGUGCUUGACAGUGUGGUGUCAGUGAACCCCUCAAUAAAAUCACGAAUAAUGCCGAUUACGACUGUAUUCGCGAAUAGAGACCUGGUGACUGUUCAAAGUGGGUUUACAAACUAUCUUAUCACGAGCCAAUCGGCCAACUUUUAUUAUAAUGCUGCAACGGGUGCGUCGUCGACUUUAGGAGACUCUUAUACGUUUAGGCUCCUUAGCACGGAAGAGAUAGUUGUCGCUACGACUGGAAGGAGGAAUUCAUUGGUGGGGAGCACGAUGAUGAGUAUGACAUCGUCGGCUCCGACAGCUUCGUAG